AUGGCCGGGUGGAAUGGGACUUCAAUGAACAUAUUCAUCCUGCUUGGUAUAACUGACCUACCUUGGCUUCAAAAGUUCCUUUUUAUUUUAGUGCUCUUCUUUUAUAUUCUUGAUGUCUUGGGAAACCUCAUUAUUGUGUUCCUGGUGAUUCGAGAUGUUUCUCUUCAUUCCUCAAUGUAUUUCCUGCUUGCUAACCUUUCCUUUGUAGAUAUUUGCUUUUCCUCUAUCACAGUUCCCAAGAUGAUGGUUGGGUUCUUCAUGGAGAACACUAUAACUCUUCAAGGUUGUGUUGCUCAGAUGUAUUUCUUUCACUUCUUGGGAUGUACUGAAGGUAUUCUACUGGCAUCCAUGGGCUAUGACAGAUAUGUCGCCAUCUGUCAUCCAUUACGAUACAACACCUUAAUGCGAAGAACUGUGUGCAUUCACUUGGUGUUUACUUCAUGGGUCAUUGGACUCACCACCUCACUCGUUCACGCAAUAAUGACCUCAUAUCUCCCUUUUUGCAACUCAAACCAGAUCAAACACUUUUUCUGUGAUGUAAAACCAGUGAUAAAGUUGGCUUGUGCAGAUAUUUCCCUUAAUGAGGCCUUACUCACUAAUGUACUUGGUUUUCUAAGCACCAGCACCUUUUUCCUUACCAUAAUAUCCUACAUUUAUAUAAUCCUUAAACUUGUGAGAAUACGCUCAUCAGAAGGAAGGAUGAAAGCCUUCUCAACAUGUUCCUCCCAUCUGACAGUGGUCAUUUUGUUUUAUGGGACAGCUAUGUGCACCUAUCUUGGGCCUAAAUCAGAGAACUCCAUAGAAAAGGACAAGAUAGCUGCUGUAUUGUUCACCGUUAUCACUCCAGCAACUAAUCCAGUUAUAUACGCUUUAAGAAAUCAGGAGGUUAAAAAAUCAUUGAAAAAACUCAUUAAACGUGAACAUUUAUAA